AUGUUUGCUCUCCGGCCUCUGCCCGCGGGUCUUGGCCUAAAUGAACCUCCCGGCUUCCACGACUCGCCGUCGCCGACCACCAUCCAAGCCACAAUAUCGUCUAUCCAAUGGAGCUAUGAGACCUUUGAUAGCGACGCUCGAUCAGACCCUAGUGUCUAUAUGGGGAUGUACGUCUUCGAGCGUCCACCAUACGAUGGGCUCAAAGCUGGCGUUGAGGUCACGUACAAGACCUUCCCUGGCUACCGCUUUCUUCCCACCAAGGGAAACUUGACAACUGUCAAUGGCCAGACCAACGCCUUCCGAGUCAACCGCCGUAUCCAGAUUCAGGGCACGGAUGACGAUCCGCAGUGGGAGCUCAUCAUUCACGAGCUCGAUGUGCGUGAAAAUCUGCCGCAAAUGACGUGGAAAGAGAAUUCGUGCAAAUUGGCACUUGAGGAAGCCAAAAAUACCACAUUUGAGAGGAUGGGAGAAAAGAUGGCCAAGGAAUUCGAUGACUUCGUUGUCGCCAUGUGCCCUUGGGCAGAGGGCAAGCCAACAGAGGCCGAAGUACUUGCUAGCUAUGUGACCUGGACCUCCAUGGUCCGCGCAGAGCACAAGUUUACAAAAGAAGCUGUCUUGAUGUCCAAGCUCUGGAUGAAUAAAGUCUGGAGCUGGGAUCACUGCUUCAAUGCGCUGGCUAUAGCUGCUCUCGAUCAGCAGCUGGGCCUUGACCAGCUCACCGUCGUCUUCGACCACCAAGCGCCGGACGGUCGUCUCCCCGACUCAGUUGACUGGCAGAACGUCGAGUGGGGGUUUACAAAGCCUCCUAUCCAGGGCUGGGCUCUUUCCAGGCUCCUUGCCCAAUUUCCGGGCAUGAGUGACGACAAAGUGCAGCCACUCUACGAUGCCACCGCCAGACUGACGGACUUCUGGAUGGACACACGUAGAGGCGACACCUCGCGUCUUCCGUUCUGGGCUCAUGGUAACGACUCUGGUUGGGACAACUCCACAGCUUUCGACAGCACGCCAAUGAUCGUCGGGCCGGACCUGGCGGCUUACCUUCUUCUCCAGGCCAGCUGCCUAGAACAGGUCGUCAAACGCUUACGACACGAGAAUGAUUCCGAGAAGUGGGCAAAUAUGAGAAGUUUCUUGGUCAAUGCUCUCAUCGAAGAAUUAUGGGAUGGCGAGUCUUUCCUCCUCAAGAAUGCUAUAACAGGCGAGACCUUCAAAACCACCUCCCUUCUACAGUUUAUGCCUCUCGCUGCCGCGCGACAUCUACCAGAUGAAGUCGUUGACAAGAUGGUCACAAGCAUUGUGUCCAAGCACCUGAGCGAAUGGGGUCUCGCGACCGAGGAGCUCGCCUCGCCGGACUACGAGAGCGACGGAUACUGGCGAGGCCCCAUCUGGGCUCCCUCGACUCAUCUGGUCGAAACUGGCCUGCGUGAUGCUGGACGAAUUGAUCUGGCCGAUGAGAUCAGCACGCGCUUUUUGCGGUUGUGCGAGAAGUCAGGAUUUGCAGAGAACUUUGAUGCUAUCACGGGGGAGGGGUUGCGGGACCUGUCAUACACGUGGACCUCGGCGGUUUACUUGGUCAUGCGACGAGAGGCCAUUGAGAGGGGAGACGCCAAAUAG